UGGCCGCUUCUGCCGGCCUCGUCCGCCGCCUCCGCCAUGGCCCUGGUGCGGGGCGCCGAGCCCGCCGCGGGGCCCUCCCGCUGGCUACCCACGCACGUCCAGGUGACUGUGUUGCGGGCCCGCGGGCUGCGGGGCAAGAGCUCAGGAGCGGGCAGCACCAGCGACGCGUACACGGUGAUCCAGGUGGGCCGCGAGAAGUACAGCACGUCGGUGGUGGAGAAGACGCCGGGCUGCCCGGAGUGGCGCGAGGAGUGCUCUUUCGAGCUGCCACCCGGUGCCCUGGACGGCCUCCUUCGGGCGCAGGAGGCCGAUGCGGGCCCGGUUCCCUGGGCGGCGGGCUCUGCCGCCGCCUGCGAGCUGGUACUCACCACCAUGCACCGCUCGCUCAUCGGCGUUGACAAGUUCCUGGGCCAGGCCACGGUGGCGCUGGACGAGGUCUUUGGCGCAGGCCGCGCCCAGCAUACGCAGUGGUACAAGCUGCACUCCAAGGCCGGCAAGAAGGAGAAGGAGCGCGGAGAGAUCCAAGUCACAAUCCAGUUCACUCGAAACAACCUGAGCGCCAGCAUGUUUGACCUGUCCAUGAAGGACAAGCCGCGGUCCCCUUUCAGCAAGAUCAAGGACAAGAUGAAGGGCAAGAAGAAGUUUGAGCUGGAGUCUGCCUCGGCCAUCCUCCCAAGCAGUGCCCUGGAGGACCCCGAGCUGGGCAGCCUGGGCAAGAUGGGCAAAGCCAAAGGCUUCUUCCUCCGUAACAAGCUGCGCAAGUCCUCCCUGACGCAGUCCAGCACCUCUCUGGGUUCGGACAGCACCCUGUCCUCUGCCAGCGGGAGCCUGGCCUACCAGGGCCCGGGUGCCGAGCUCCUGACCCGCUCGCCCAGCCGCAGCAGCUGGCUGUCCAGCGAAGGAGGCAGGGACGCCACCCAGUCCCCCAAGUUGCUCACCCACAAAAGGACCUAUAGCGAUGAGGCCAGCCAGAUGCGAGCGACGCCGCCCCGAUCCCUCCUGGACCUGCAGGGCCACCUGGAGACUGCCUCCCGCUCCUCCCUAUGCGUCAACGGGAGCCACAUUUACAAUGAGGAGCCCCCGGCACUCCCACGGCACCGCAGCUCCAUCUCGGGCCCGUUUCCACCCUCCGGCUCUCUGCAUAGCGUGUCUCCCCGGCCCGCUGAGGAGGGGGCUCGGCCUGCAGAUGACUCUGGGGGCAGAGGCAGCCGCCGCACCAGCAUCUCAGAGGUGCUGCCAGGACAGGAGGAGCUGAGCUCUCGGGCCAAAGUGUUGGUCCCUGGCACCAACCGCUCUGGAGAGGAGGAGGGGGCCCUGCUCCCUGAGGGAAAGCCCGUACAGGUUGCCACGCCCAUGGUGGCCUCCUCUGAGGCUGUGGCCGAGAAGGAGGGAGCCCGGAAGGAGGAGCGGAAGCCCCGGAUGGGUCUCUUCCACCAUCACCACCAGGGGCUGAGUCGGAGCGAGCUGGGGCGCCGCGGCUCUCUGGGGGAGAAGGGGGGUCCCACCCUGGGGGCCUCCCCACACCACCCAUCCAGCGGGGAGGAAAAGGCCAAGAGUAGCUGGUUUGGCUUGAGAGAAGCCAAGGAACCAACUCAGAAACCCAGUCCCCACCCCGUGAAGCCGCUCAGUGCUGCUCCCGCCGAGGGCAGCCCAGACAGGAAGCAGCCCCGCUCCAGUCUGAGUACAGCUCUGAGCAGCGGGCUGGAGAAGCUCAAGACGGUCACAUCCGGCGGCAUUCAGCCUGUGGCUCCAGCCCCCCACGUGGGCCAGACUGUGGACGCCAAGAGGCUGAAGGACUCAAGUGUGCUGGACCAGUCGGCCAAGUACUACCACCUGACCCACGACGAGCUCAUCGGCCUGCUCCUGCAGCGGGAGCGGGAGCUGAGCCAGCGGGAUGAGCACGUGCAGGAGCUGGAGAGCUACAUUGACCGGCUGCUGGUGCGGAUCAUGGAGACCUCACCCACACUGCUGCAGAUCCCCCCUGACCCCCCCAAGUAGCCCUCCCCACCCCUGCCCCUGGGAGGGUCAUGUGGGCCCACUGCCCAAACCGGGCCUGCACUGCCCUCCCUCCCACUGAACUCACUCUCACCCGGGCAGGCUGCUGUCUGUCCUCCAUUGUCACUCCUUGCUCCCCCUGCCUCCUGCCUCUGUGGGGGUUGCUGGAAGAGGGGCCCUCGGGACUCCCAUUGCAGGCAUCAGGUUCCAUGUACAAUUUGUGUGUCUUUGGGAACCCUCCAUGGGUCUUUCCCACCUGCCUAUUUUCAUGUCCCUUAGUUUUGGGGGCUCCAGGGAAUUGGAACAAAGAAUUCAGCCCUCAAGUCAGAGCCGGGGUGAGCAACAAUUUGAUGUGGCAUCUGGGACGCGCUUUAUUACCCCACAACAACAGUCAUUUCAUCCAAGGCUAAACCCUUGUCCCCGUCAUCAUCUGUCUCCGGCCCCUAGAGGGCUCCUAGCAUUACUGGGGCUGUGGCAGGAACCAGGCUGCCCAGUUUGCAGUUCUAGGUAACUGGAGCCUCGUGUCUGUUCCCUUGAGAGCAAGGAGCAUGAUCUGGUCUCGUCUCUGCUGUGACCCGAUUCUGUGUGUUUCCAGCAGUUGGCAGAGCGAGGGCCAUGUGGACGAAGGGAGAUGGAGAUGUGGAUUUCCCGGGCCCCCGCCGCUCUCUUCCUCUGUUCUUCCCAUUGAGCAUCUCUCAUGUGAAUGCAUGGAAAGCUGGGGAAAGGGUGGGGAGAACACUCCUCGCACACCUCUGGGCUGUGGGCCCUCCGCAGGCCUCGGGGCUUUGGGCUGCUUAUGUUUGGGGAUCAACCCUCCAUGUUUGUUUUUGUUGCCUGUCCAGAUGCCAAAACUCUGUGCUGCUGUGGGGUUUGAACUUUUGGAAACCAAUUAAAAUGUGCCUUUUGUGGGUGGGGUCAAAAGCCUCUGGAUGUAGACCUCUCUCUCUCUCUGUUUGGUGUCCCCCUCCCUCCCUCUUGAGCACAUGGGGCUGGAUCUGUCAGGCCCUGGGUAUGGGAAAGGAGGAUGGGUCAGCCUUGCUGUGCCCUGUGCCCCUCCCCUAGAGUUAAUUUCAGUUAAGGGUCUGGCGAAGCUGCCACUGCUCCUUUAAUGUUCCUGCCACCUUCUCUUCAUCCCUCAACCCCAACUGAGAAGGUUCCUGGGUUAACAACUACAUUCUGGAAGUAGGAGGUCCCAUUCUGCCUAUACUUAGGAAAUAGCCUUUGUUGCCCUCCCGUCAUCUGCCAGCUGCUCUCCCAGCCUGUCCCUUCUGUCCAUGGCCUUGCCUGGCUUGGCUGCAGUGCACUUUGAAAUGAAGUGUCUGUCCUUUGGCCCAGCCCCUGGUUUGCUUGCAGAAAAUGUGACAGGCUUCCCAUGGCAUCUGCAGGGAACAUUUAGUGACUUGGGGUACCCUGCUUGAGCAAAGGUUUUGGGGUGAGGAGGUGCUGAAGGAGGAUACUGUUGACCCAGCAAGGAGGCAAGAGCUCCUCUGGGACCUCCUUUUCUUCCUGAGAGGGCCUAUGGGAUCUCUCUGAAAGCCUUGGAAGGAAAUGUGCACUAUGGGUGAUGUCUUCUGCCAGGAUGAAGCAGAGGACCCCACCCACACACAUGAGCGGAAAGUCUCUGUAAUGUUACCUACCCUAAGGAUCACUCAUCAAAGCUGAGAAAGUGUCCACAGGUGUGCAGGUCUUGGGUCAUGUUUUUUGGGGGUCAUUGGGAUUUGGGUAGGUAUCUCUUCUGGGGGAAGGGGAGACCUCUUCUACUACAUAUUCUUCCGGGCUCUACUUAUUAUCAGCCCUGACCCUGAUCUUCUGCUCAUCCUUGACCAUGGCCCUCCAAAAUGCCCAGGGCAAGGAUGUCUUCAGGAGAGUUGUGAGUUGAAGCCCAGGGUUCUUGUCGGACGUUUCUGCUCCUGGCCACAACGUGGAGAGUUGCAGGCAGGGUGGGCAGAGAGCAGGCACAGUUCUGCUUUGCUGUUUGUCUUCCUAGUUGUAACUCCUGUUUAUAAAGAGCUUGUUCUUCAUGUUUUGAGCACUUUAUGAAGAAUAAAAAGUUC